AUGAAUAACCAAAGCUUAGCUUAUUCCCAUGAGGUAACAGAUCCUCAGACAAUGAAUUAUGAUAAAGCAAUCGAGAGUAGUUCCAAGAUGCCCAUAGUACAGGCUUUACGUACUGGGGCUAUGACAAUGGACACAUACUUAAAUAAUAAAGCAGCUUUACAUAAGCGAACUCAAGAAGAAUUAGAACAAGAUGAACGAGAUGAAAUUGAAAUAGAAAUUGAUGAUCCUAUUGUAGAGAAUGAGACGAUUGAGACGAUUGUAAAUGAAGUUGUUGAAUCAAAUGAAACAAAACCUACAAAUUCACAUACAAAGCCACCUUAUACUUAUUCUUCUCUCAUCGGUCAAGCAAUCCUUCAAUCUCCAAAUAAAAAAUUGGCACUGUGUGAAAUUUAUAGUUGGAUUUCAAAAACUUAUCCAUUUUUUAAGAAAGAGAAUAAAGGUUGGCAGAAUUCUAUUCGUCAUAAUCUCUCGCUUUGCCCAGCUUUCCAGAAAACAGAAAGAGAUGAUAAUAUGGGACCGAAUAAAGGACAAUUUUGGACAAUUCCUGAAGAAUUUGAAAGUUGUUUUAUUAAUGGAGUUUACAGAAAUAUCAAGAAAACUUUACACUCAUCAGGUCACAAUUCCUCAUCAACAAAAUUUAGUACAACCCAAAUAUAA